UUCUUUUCGGUGGGAAAAUUGUGAGGGAGAGAGAGAGAGAGAGAGAGAGACGGGGUGGUCUGGAAGGGAAGGGUUGAGAGGGAUUGUGAGCUCUCUCUAAUGGCACCUCUCUGAUUCCUCUCUUCUUCUCCAUCUCCAUCUGCCCCCAACUCCCAGCUUAUCUUCUUCUGGUUUAUCACCAUAUCAUGUAGACCUGUAACUGCAACAGCUAGAAGAAGCAGAGCUCUCAAGAACAUAAAGUCUUGGAAUGGGGACUUUGGCAUCUGACGUGGAUGACCUAACCUCAGACAUUCACCUCUCAUUGGGCCUUAUGGAUUUGGGCAAAAAAGUUAUUGGAUCUCCUCAGGUCAUAACCCUCCUCUCUUCAUUCCUUGAAAUAUCUGUGCAAAAGAAUGAGAGGCUACUGGAGACAGCACAAAUUAAGAACACUUUUACUGUAUUCCACGGUAUGAGAGCGCCAACUUUGAGCAUUCGCCAUUACAUCGAUCGGGUAUUCAAGUACUUUGGUUGCAGCCCAUCGUGUUUCGUCAUUGCACAAGUUUACGUGGAUAGAUUCCUUAAAGGAACUGAUGGUCACUUGACUUCUCUGAAUGUCCAUCGGCUUUUGAUAACAAGUAUUAUGGUAGCAGCAAAAUUUAUUGAUGACGCAUUCUUUAAUAACGCAUACUAUGCGAAGGUAGGAGGAGUAAGCACAUUUGAGCUCAACCGGCUGGAGAUGAAGUUCCUAUUCGGAAUCAAUUUCAGGCUUUAUGUCAGCGUAGACACAUUUAGAUCAUACUGUCUGCAGCUGGAGAAAGGAGCUUCUUCUGAAGGGCUCCCUAUUGAGAGGCCGAUUAGGGCCUGUAGGGUAAAACAGAAUUGGUCUGCUACUGCCAGUGAUGAAUCCACUUGUGCCUCCACAGUUGCCAGAUGAAGAUUAGGAUAAAGAAGAUAUUUUGUUGGUCGUCCGUAAUGAAAUAAAACUUGCCUCCACGGUGUGCACCCCUCGAUGUACGGAUACCGAACCAUCAUUAAUCGGUUGCAUUGACCCACCCAUCUGGCAAGUUAGAUUUUCUCGUCAUUCCCAUGAUGCCGAGUGUCUGAAUGGCAAAAUUGUACUUUCACAUUUCCUUGGACAGGGUAGAUUAGAAGUCCUUGAUAUAUAGGUUUUUGAUUUUUGGUUGAUGCUGCAAUUUUAAGACCACGCAAUUGGGUUUUUUGUCAUUUUGGUUCAAGGGAUUAUGAAGGAUAAGCUAUCCAGGUUUUUUGACCUUGAUUUGUAUCUAUGUAUGUAUGUAGAUCAUGUAUGCUUGGACACAAUGGAGGAAAGAUUUAUAUUUAUCUUCUGGAACUUCCGAACUCGGCGAACGAAUGAAUGUAUGUGAUGUAUUAUGUGCAA